AUGAACUUCAACCAGCUUUCAAGUGCCAAAGAUCACUUGUAUUACCAGUGUAUUAGUUUAUUGAAUCGGUUGAGUAAGAUCGACGGGAUGGAACCGUUCUUGAAAGUUGCUCACUCUGUAGCCGAACAAUGUUCCGAACAACAAGCAUUGGCUUUGUCUCAGCAGUUGCAAGACAGACGUUCUAGUACUGAGUUUAGAGCUUCGUCGGGUUUUUCUAUCCAUUCUGACAACUCCAAUACCUCCCUGCAUCAGGCAUCUGCGCCAUUAUCAAAUAACUCACUCAACCUAUUCACUUUCACAGCUGGUGUUUUGCCGGCAAACAUAGCAGUUGACCCUGUCACCAAAUUAUGGAAAUUAUUCCAACAAGGUGCUCCAUUGUGUUUAUUAUUCAAUUUAAACAAUAAGGCUAAUCAAAUCCCUAUUAUUGGAAGUGACGAUGUACGAAUGUGCAAGAAAUCUGUGUACGACUUUUUGAUAGCCGUGAAAAUGCACUUGAAGUUAGAUGAUGACCUUAUGUUCACCAUUUCUAAUGUUUUCCUGGACAGUACCCAUGAUCUUCUUAAGAUCAUUCGGGUUGUGAAACACUUAUUACCUUCGUCAAUUGCUUGGGAGGAUAAUGCAGUGGGAGAAGUUACAAUUAGUUCAGAUCUGUCGAAGGUAUUCAGAGAAAUAAUCGAGACAGAACGAAAAUAUGUCAAGGACUUGGAGGUAUUGCUCAAAUAUAAGGCUGAUUUAACCAAAGCUGAGUUAAUUUCCAGUGAACAAAUACAUUUGUUAUUUCCAAACUUGAGUGAGAUCAUUGACUUUCAGAGGAGGUUUUUAAACGGUUUGGAGUGUAAUAUUAAUAUCCCAGAUAAUCUCACCAGAAUUGGUUCUAUUUUCAUUCAUGCUGCUAACGGGCCUUUCAAAUUUUACGAACCCUGGACCAUUGGUCAACUUGGUGCUAUCGACUUGAUUAAUAAAGAAACGGAUAAUCUUCAAAAGUCGUCGAAAUUAUUGGACCCUGGUUUUGAAUUGCAAAGUUUCAUUUUGAAGCCUAUCCAAAGGUUGUGUAAAUAUCCAUUGUUGUUAAAGGAAUUGAUUGAUACUUGGUCUAACCCUGACAACUCAAGCUAUAAUGAAUUAUUGAUUGCAAGUCAAGCCAUGAAAGAAGUUGCAAAUCAAGUAAACGAAGCUCAAAGAAGAAGUGAAAAUGUUGGUUACUUGCAGAACCUUGCUGAAAGAGUCAACAAUUGGAGAGGCUUUAUCUUGAAGGAUCAAGGUGAAUUAUUAUAUCAUGGCGUGGUAGGUGUCAAGGAUAGCGAUAACGAAAAGGAAUAUUAUGCUUAUUUGUUUGAGAAAAUCAUAUUCUUUUUUGUUGAAGUAAACCCUACAAAUGAGGACCAAGGUAAAAAGAGAAGAGACUUGUUAUCCUCGAGAAAAAAGUCAUCUGCGUCUGUUAAUUCUUCAAGUGUGAACUUGCUAGAGAAUAUGAACCACGCAAAGGAUAAGUCUCCACUCGAACUAAAGGGAAGAGUCUACAUUCUGGAAAUUUAUAACAUCUCCUCUUCAAAUACUACUGGAUACUCAAUGGUCAUUGCAUGGUCAGGUAGGAAAGAAAGUGGAUCCUUCACUUUGAGGUAUAGGACGGAAGAAUUCAGAAACCAAUGGGAAAACUGUUUAAGAAACUUGAAGACAAACGAAAUGAACAAUCAAAUUCAACGCAAAUUGAGAGAUAGUCAUGAGUUUGAAUCCAUUCAACCUACUAAUGAUCAAAGUUCCAUACGUUCAUCUAACGGAAGCAACUUUCACAAUCAAAGACACCACUCGUCCUCUUCUACAUUCAGUAUGAUGAGACAAAGCCUAAGCAAGUCCACUAGUGAACCUUCCAACAGUAGGGUGUCUUCAUCUUCACUCCAGAAUUUCAAUUCAAGCUCUGCUAGUAACUCGGCUUCAACCAAUGCUCAGGAUAACUCCCUUUCUUCUGUCAAUUCGAGUGCAAACAAUUCAAGCAAUAGUUUAAUCACGAUCAAAAUCAUUUAUGACAAAAUGGAAAUUAAAUCCUAUUUAAUGGUACCAGCCUCAAUCCAAUUCAGUGACUUACACCUGAAGAUUUCCACAAAAAUUGCCUCUAGUGGAGAGGUUAAAGACGAUAUUAUGGUCAACAAAUUAAGAUAUAAGGAUGAAGAUGGUGACUUUGUUGUAAUGGACUCCAAUGAUGACUGGCUCUUGGCUUUAGAUAUGUUCGAGGAAGUCAGUCAUCGUAUUUUAACUAUCUGGGUUUCUUAG